AUGGAUGAAGGUUGUAAUUCUUGGGUUAGGAGGACAAACUUCUCUCACACAGUUUGUCACCGAUUGGAUUAUUCGAGAAUAGGCUCUUUCAUCAUUCCGCCAGAUGCAGUGCAGACUUCUGGUCUGAAGUCAAGGGCAUCUUCAUCGAUAUCAUCAGCUGCAUCAGCUUCAGCACCAGCACCAGCUCCACCACCUCCUGUUGUUUCUAAGGUUUCAAAGGUUCAGAAGAAUCCUUCAACAAAUAAACAGAGAUCUGUGUCUCCUUUGCCUGAAACCUAUCUCCCUGAAACCUUUAAGGAAGCCAAGCUUGAACAGAAGAGGUUCUCUACUCCAGGUCGUAGGAGGAAAGAACAGGAUACAAGAAUCAUGGGGAAACUACUGAACAAGGAUUCUCAAGUUUCCAAAUCUAAUUCGACUCUUAAAAGUCCACUUAGGCACUUUGCAUCAAAGAAAUUCAGUGACAAGUCAAAGAACCGGAAGGACUCUGGGUGGUCAAAGUAUUUUGACCACGGUGGAGUAAAGGUUACUGCAGUAGAAACGGCCGAGGAAUGGAAUGUUGACCUCUGUAAGCUCUAUGUUGGUCUUAGAUUUGCUUAUGGAGCUCACAGUAGGCUUUACCAUGGUAAGUAUGAGGGUGAACCUGUUGCUGUGAAACUUAUUAGGGUACCAGAUGAUGACGAAAAUGGAACUUUGGCUGCUAAAUUAGAGAAGCAAUUCAUCACAGAAGUCACACUUUUAUCUCGCCUCCACCACCAAAAUGUUCUUAAGUUUGUAGCAGCAUGCAGAAAUCCACCUGUUUAUUGUGUUAUCACAGAAUAUCUAUCCGAGGGUUCCUUGAGGGCAUAUUUGCAUAAGUUGGAAGGAAAAACUAUUCCUCUACAGAAGCUAAUUGCUUUUUCUCUGGAUAUUGCUCAUGGAAUGGAAUAUAUACACUCUCAGGGUGUCAUUCAUCGAGAUCUUAAACCAGAGAAUGUCCUUAUUAAUGAAGACUUUCACCUUAAAAUCGCUGAUUUUGGUAUUGCUUGUGAGGAAGCACACUGUGACUUACUUGCUGAUGACCCUGGUACCUACCGCUGGAUGGCACCAGAGAUGAUCAGACGUAAAUCCUAUGGGAGAAAGGUUGAUGUGUAUAGUUUUGGCCUUAUCUUAUGGGAGAUGUUUACCGGUACAAUACCAUAUGAAGAUAUGACUCCCAUCCAGGCUGCUUUUGCUGUCGUUAAUAAGAAUUCAAGGCCUGUUAUUCCUCUAAACUGCCCACCUGCUAUGCGAGCUUUAAUUCAGCAAUGUUGGUCCCUGAAUCCAGACAAAAGGCCCGAGUUCUGGCAGGUUGUUAAGGUGUUAGAGCAGUUUGAAUCUUCGCUUGCUCGUGAUGGAACAUUGACCCUGCUGCAAAACCCUUGCGAGCAAGAUCAUAAAAAAGGCCUUCUUCAUUGGAUUCACAAGCUUGUUCCUGCUCAUCAAAAAAUCGGUCCUGUGAUUAAACCAAAAUUUACAUGA